AUGGCCUCGUCAACCGCCCGCAAUGGAUCACCAGGCCGCGGACGCUCCACCAGCCCGCGCUCCCCCAGAUACUCGCAGCUCUUUGACGAUGACCAGCAACACCAACAGAACAACCAGCACCGCCCGCAGCGCCCCGAAGAAGCGAGCUUCAUAGAUUCGCUGCCAGAUACCCGCCAUCUGCAGGCCUUUGGCAAAAAAGUCACGGCGACGGCUGGAAGUCUAAUUGGCGCAGAGGGCGUCUCCCAGCACUAUCACAACGCCCUCGGCGAGCUCCAUCGUGAGCUGCGACGGCCCUUGAUGCAGCGCUCCGUCUUUUCCUUUGCCCAGACUACACCCCGCGAGCUCGUGCGCUCGCGCAUAUCCGUCCCCGAGAUCCAGCAGCGCGCCCUCGCCUACAUCCCAAACGAUCUGCUCGCAAAUAUUCCAGAAGAUAAUAGCGAGUUUUCGCUGUUCCAGGGCUUCGAGGCCUCGCUGCCAGACAAGCCCGACAGCAUCCUCCCCCGCUCCUCGGGCGCCCGCCACAACGCGCGCGGCCAGCGACUGAUAGGCGCCGGUGUCGAAGAUGACGACCCCAAUGUGCCCCCGUCGAUGCGCAAGCUCAAGACGCAGCGGAGCUCAAUGGCCCACCGCCUCGAGAUGAUGGGUGUGCGCAAGCACAUGUGCGUGGCCGAGAUUCAUGAAAUCGACAACAAGAUUGCCAACCUGAACACGAUGCGCAAAAUGGUCAUUGAUCGUCUGGCGGGGCUCGAACUCGAAGAGGGGGAGCUGGAGCAGGAUCUGUUAACUGUGGAUAACCAAAUCGAGGACCUGCAGGAAGAGUUGGACGAUGAGGCAGCCCUGGCGCCCAAGACAGCAGGGUCGCAAACAAGUGACGAGCAGUCAGAAGGCAAGGGCGAGUUCAUGUCCGAAUCGAUAUAUCAAAAGAUACCCUCGUCGCCCAAGACAAGAGGCAAGGCCAAGCGCCUCUCGAAGCGCAUGUCCAUGCCCGUCCUACACGAGCAUCUGCAAUCAGGAUCUAAGAUCAAGGAACUGCCCGCACAUAUGGAAUCUAUUACAGCUAUGGACUUUGAUGCGCCGUGGGGCAUGAUGGUCUCGGCUGCCUUGGAUGACACUGUACGCGUAUGGGACCUCAGUGCUGGACGGUGCAUAGGAAUGCUCGAGGGUCACCUCUCUUCAGUACGCUGCCUUCAGGUCGAGGACAACAUUGUCGCCACUGGUUCAAUGGACGCUUCGAUACGGUUGUGGGAUCUGAGCAAAGCCGAGUAUGCGCCUAUGGACAACCGGAUAAACAAGCAGGAUGAGGAAAGUGAUGAUGGUCUUGCAUUCGAAAACGCAGAAGACGCGCCCCCCGCGCCUCCGUCGACUAGCAUGCAAGACUGCCCCAUGUUUUCUCUGGAAUCGCAUGUUGACGAAGUCACGGCGCUCCACUUCCGCGGUGACACAUUGGUUUCUGGUUCUGCCGACAAGACACUCAGGCAAUGGGAUCUUGUCAAAGGACGCUGUGUGCAAACGCUGGAUGUGCUCUGGGCUGCUGCGCAAGCAACCGCCGCAAACACGACCAACAGUGGAUGGAAACAGACUGGCCGUGCUACUGAUAGUGCUGCUGAUUUCGUUGGAGCCAUCCAAGUCUUUGAUGCUGCACUCGCCUGUGGUACCGCAGAUGGAAUGGUUCGCCUGUGGGAUCUGCGAAGCGGUCAGGUACACAGGAGUCUGGUUGGCCACACCGGUCCUGUCACUGCUUUACAAUUCGACGAUGUUCACCUUGUCACCGGUAGCGCCGAUAGGAGUAUUCGCAUUUGGGAUCUCCGAACCGGCGCUAUCGCCGAUGCUUACGCCUACGACCACCCUGUAACCAGCAUGAUGUUCGACUCGCGUCGUAUUGUCAGUGCAGCUGGUGAGGAUGUAGUCAAGGUAUACGACAAGACGGACGGAAGACACUGGAACUGUGGACCCGGUGCCAACGAAGAAGACACGACAACACACUCCAUCAUUGAGCACGUGAGAAUCAAAGAUGGCUAUCUCGUGGAAGGACGCAAGGACGGCACAGUUGGCAUAUGGUCGUGCUAG